AUGACGGGAAGACUGAAAAUUGCCAUUUUCAAUUUUCAGAGUCUAUUGACUGUAUUCUUGCUGCUUAUAUGUACAUGUGCUUAUGUGCAAUCCCUGGCACCCAGCAUCCUCGACAGAAAUAAAACUGGAGUAUUGGGAAUAUUUUGGAAGUGUGCCCAAAUUGCUGAACGCAAGAGUCCUUAUGUCACCAUAUGCUGUAUAGUAAUGGCCUUCAGCAUUCUCUUCAUACAGUAG